AUGGCAUCCACAACCCUUCCCACUUCUCUGCAAAAAUCCCUCGACGAAACCAAAGUCGAGUACACCAACCUCGGCUCGUCCGGCCUACAAAUCUCAGUUCCCAUCCUCGGCACCAUGUCCUUUGGGUCCAAAGAAUGGAGUCCCUGGCUCCUCGAAGAAGAAGAAGCCAUCAAACUUCUUGCAGCUGCCUAUGACCGCGGCAUCAAUACCUGGGAUACGGCGAAUAUGUACGGAAACGGUCUUUCGGAGGAGAUUAUUAGCAAGGCUAUCAAAACCCUCGAAAUCCCAAGACACAAAGUUGUGAUUAUGACCAAAUGUGCUAUUCCCGUCGGGGAGGAUGUGUCCGUCGUUGGACCGGCGCAUGGACAAUUUAUGAAGAAGAGUAAGCAGUAUGUCAACCAAGGAGGUCUCUCUCGCGCAUCAAUCUUCAACCAAGUCGAAGCCUCCCUCUCUCGCUUGAAUACCGAUUACAUCGACGUCCUGCAAAUCCAUCGCUAUGAUCCCUCCACUCCCCCCGAAGAAACAAUGAAAGCUCUCCACGAUCUCGUCCAAGCAGGAAAAGUGCGAUAUCUCGGCGCAAGUUCCAUGUGGGCUACCCAAUUCGCGAAUCUGCAACAUAUAGCCGAAAGGAAUGGUUGGACCAAGUUCAUCUCCAUGCAAAACUAUUACAACCUCUGUUAUCGCGAGGAAGAGCGUGAGAUGACUCGGUUUUGCAAGGAGACUGGUGUCGGGAUUAUUCCCUGGUCUCCGCUGUUUGGGGGCCAGUUGGCUCGGCCAGUGGGUGUAAAGGAGUCCAUCCGUUCCCAGACGCCAUCACCAAUGGGUUCUGCGUUUACGGCUGCAGAUGAGGCGAUUAUCAAACGGGUUGAGCAGGUGGCGAAGGAGAAAGGAUGGAAAAUGGUGCAUGUUGCUUUGAUCUGGUUGAGGAGUAAAGGUGCUGCACCGAUUGUGGGCGCUACUUCGGUUGAGAAGUUGGAUGAUGUCGUUGAGAUUCGGGGAAAAUCGUUGACGGAGAAGGAGAUAAGGUUUCUGGAGGAGCCGUAUGUUCCCAAACCUAUUGCUGGGCAUUUUUGA